AUGUCCAUCGACCAAAACAACCAAGCCGACGUCGCUGCCCAGGUCGUUGAGGCAUAUGAGACCUUGGCAGAGCUCCUCUCGAUGAUGACAACGCUGCUGAGCAGAAAGGGGCAGUUUAAUUACAACCCAACUAAUAGCGACUGGGACGCUUCCGGGCCCGAGGGGAUAGAGGAGACGGGCGCCAUCGCAGGGCGCUUCUUUCAGCUCGUCGAUGGCUUCCAGCACAGUCUAGACAAAUACAAAAACGAUGUUGUCAACAGGUUGUCUGUCCUGCGCAAAGUCAAGUCGACCAUCGUCUACGCCGCCACCGGGAUCGCAGACUAUAAGCUCCGCAAGGGCCAGUACGCCCUGAUGGAUCUCGGGUGGCCGCGCGGCUAUGCGAAGCCGAAGCUCGACCGCGUCAAGCGGCUGCUGCCUUUCGAAAACGCCUUCGCCGCGCCAGACGAGAUAUCGGCAGACGAAGUCCGUUUCCAGACAGCCAUGCCCAACCAAGGGACGAGCGCGCCCCUCGAGCUCCGCACCAUCCCUCGUCAGCCGCGCACAGGCGAGGAGCAGUUCAAGGCGCGCCUGUGCCUGAUGCUUGACUCCUUUGCCGGCAUGAACGAGCGCGAGGCGAUAUUCGAAACCAACCUGGUCUGCUGCUGGGCGUCCAUGUGCAACAUCCCCUACGACUACUCCUUUUAA